CCUCGCCCGCGUGACCGCAGUAGUGGCGCUGUUGCCAGGCGGCCGUUGCUAAGCGCGCGCUGCGUGCCCUGCGUGGAGCGCGCGGCGGCAGAGGCGGGAAGUGCGAGCGGCGACGCCAUGGCGAAAGUGUGGCAGCACCCGUUCCUCAACGUCUUUAGACACUUCAAGGUGGGCGAGUGGAAGCGGUCCGCUAAAGAAGGCGAUGUGGCUCCUGUCACUGAUAAGACUCUGAAAUGCACUGUGUAUCGCGUCCGGGGUUCUGUCUCUGCUGGCAAUUACAUCCAGCUCCCCAAAACCAGUACCCAGUCUUUGGGGCUGACUGGCCGGUACCUGUACGUGCUCUUCAGGCCCCUGCCAGCCAAGCACUUCGUCAUUCACCUGGAUGUGGCCACCGAGGACAGCCAGGUCAUCCGUGUGUCCUUCUCCAACCUCUUCAAGGAGUUCAAGUCCACGGCCACGUGGCUGCAAUUUCCCUUCAUCUGUGAGGCUGGGUUAUCUGUAAAAGGUGAUGUGGAAACGGGACACGAACGGGCUGCGGUAGUCCAGGAGAGGCGGCCUGAGAGCGGAGAGGGAGAGCUGGCCAGUGUUGCCCCCUCUGGUGCCCGUUGGACAUGCCUACAGCUUGAUUUGCAUGACAUUCUCCUGGUGUACCUAAACCGGCGCUACAGUCACCUCAAGAGCGUCAAGCUGUGCGCGAGUCUGCUCGUGAAGAGCCUCUACACCAGCGACCUGUGCUUUGAUCCCGCUGUUACUAUGGCUGAGGCCCAGCGGGCAAAGCUACCUGUCACACCUGUACCUCGAGAAAUGGCAUUCCCAGUGCCAAAGGGGGAGAGCUGGUAUGACCACUAUGUCCACAUCCGGUUUCCAAGCGACAGCUCAAAAGCAUCUCCUGAGCCGGUUCGGAAGAGCUGUUCCCCUCCUGAGGCAGAUUUCCUGGGGCGCAUGCUGCAGGUUCUCCCUCACCCAGUGGCUUUCAGCAAUCCCUUCCAAGACACUCUGCCCUCCAUGGUCCAGAUGUUUGGCCCCACAGCCUCUUGCCAGGCCCCCUCAGUGCCAGAGCCCCUUCCAGAGGUCAGCUUGUUCUGUGAGCGCUCGGAGGUCCCCAGUACGAAUGGCCCCAGUGACCGUAGCCAAGAGCGCUCAGCCGGGCCAGAGGUCACUGACAAGCAUGCGGCUGGCAACGGUGUUCACGUGUCUGCUCCUAAGCCGACCAUGGUGCCCGUGGCGCUGGAGGAUGUGGCCGUGCACGAGCUUUCUGACAGAAAGCAGAAUGGGCAGGAGAUGGCUCUGGACAAGAAUCUCUUCCAACCAAGGACCUUUCUCCCGGAUCCAAUCCUGAGGCUCAAGGGAGUCAUUGGCUUUGGGGGCCACAGUACCAAAUGGGCCCUGUGGACUAAGGACGGGGCUGCUGUGGUGUAUCCCUGCCACGCGGUCAUCGUCGUCCUGCACAUUGACACCCGCGAGCAGCGCUUCUUUCUCGGCCACACGGACAAGGUUUCUGCCCUGGCGCUGGAUGGGAGCAGCUUGCUGCUGGCCUCGGCCCAGGCCCGGCCCUCAAGCAUGCUGCGCCUCUGGGACUUCCACACCGGGGAGUGCCUGUCCCUGUUCCGGAGCCCGGUCCAUGUCCUCUGUUCCCUUAGCUUUUCCAACAGUGGGGCGCUGCUCUGUGGUGUCGGCAAGGACCGCCACGGGAGGACGAUGGUGGUGGCCUGGGGCACGGCCCAGGUGGGACGAGGCGGUGCGGCAGCGCUUCUUGCAAAGGUGCACACCAGGGUUGACAUCCAGGCAUUUGAGGUGGCCCUUUUUGACGAAACCAGGAUGGCGUCGUGCGGGCAGGGCAGCGUGCAGCUGUGGCGGCUGCGAGGGGGCCAGCUGCGCUCCUGCCCUGUGGACUUGGGGGAGCACCGCGUGCUGGAGUUGACCGACCUGGCCUUCGGCCGGGCCCAGGAUGGCCAUAUGCUCUACGUGUGCGGCCGCAGUGGCCACAUCUUGGAGAUCGACCACCAGCGCAUGGCUGUGCGGCACGCUCGCCGCCUCCUGCCCUCGCGGAGCCCUGGUGGCCCUCUCUCACAGAAGCAGACCUUUAGCUCGGGCCCCGGCAUUUGCAUCAGCAGCCUCAGCGUGUCCCAGACCCUAUGUGCCAUGGGCUCCGAGGAUGGCUACCUGCGCCUCUGGCCCCUGGACUUCUCCUCUGUGCUUCUGGAGGCAGAGCACGAGGGCCCAGUCACUUCAGUGUGCAUCAGCCCUGAUGGUCAACGUGUGCUGUCUACCACAUCCUCCGGCCACCUGGGCUUCCUGGAUAUCCCAUCCCAGGAGUACAGCAUGCUGGUUCGCUCCCACACCGCUCCGGUGCUGGCCCUGGCCACCGAGGGCAGCCGAGGGCAGCUGGCCACGGUGUCCCAGGACCACACUGUCCGCGUCUGGGACCUGGCGACCUUGCAGCAGCUUUAUGACUUGAGGUCCCCUGAGGAGGCCCCGUGUACCAUCGCCUUCCACCCCAUGCGGCCAGCCUUAUUCUGCGGCUUCAGCAGUGGGGCCGUCCGUUCCUUCAGCCUGGAGGCUGCUGAGGUUCUGGUGGAGCACAGGUGUCACCGAGGACCAGUCACCGGCCUGGCCGCCAGCCCCGACGGCAGCCUCCUGUUCAGCUCUUGCUCCUGGGGCACCUUGGCCCAGUACCACUGCGCCAGCACCCCUUGCCGCGUCCUGCGUGUGGCAGCUAACGUGGUGUGCCGGGACGCCCACCCAACCCCCAAUGCCUUGGUGGUUAGCGGGGAUAGCCGUCUGCUGGCCUUCGUGGGUCCCUCCAGGCAUGUGGUGACUGUCAUGAACGCGGCCUCCCUAGAAGAGCUGCUGCAAAUUGAUGUCGGUGCCCUGGACCUGGCCAGUAGCCGCCUGGACUCGGCUGUGGCCGUCUGCUUUGGCCCUGGACCCCCUGGCCACCUCCUGGUGUCCACGUCCUCUAACACAGUCACGGUGCUGGAUACCACGUCGGGCCGCGUGGUCCGGGAGCUGCCAGGUGUCCACCCUGUGGCCUGCCCCUCCCUGGCUCUCAGCCGGGAUGCCCGCUUCUUGCUGAUGGCCACUGACCGGGCCAUCAAGGUGUGGGACUACCCAACGAAGGCCUGCCCCGGCUGCCAGGUGUAUAUUGGCCACUCAGAGCCCGUACACGCUGUGGCCUUCACCCCUGACCAGCAGCAGCUCCUCAGCGUGGGGGAUGCCAUCUUCCUCUGGGACAUUCUGGGUCCCCUGGAGAGGUCUCCCCCAGGAAGUGCCAGAGAUUCACCCGGGGCACCCCCGACCUGCAAGACUAGCCUGGAUGCAAAGCAGCUGGAGGACACGGUGUCUGGGGCCAACGGGCUCCCCCGGCAGCAGGUGCCUGAGCCAUCCCCGGCAUCCCCACUCCAGCUGGGCAUCUGUGCUGGACCCCUCAAGGGUGAUGGUGGUGCCUUCUCCUUGUCAGAUGAAGAAGGACCCUCUGAGGAGAGCCAUAGCCCUGAGGGGCUCCAUCAGGCCUCAAGCCUGCCCAUGCUGGUGAAGGAGGCCAGUGGGGCUGGAGACGGGGUCUGGGGGUCUCCAGGGGCCCCCUGGGGCCUCAGCAUGGGUCCCCACCCCCAUAAUUGGUCCAGUGCUCGGAGCAUUGGAAGAGCUCAGGUGCAUCCCUCUGCUCGCCCUGACUGCUAUAGGCACUUCCUGGCACGCCAUAAGACCUCCCCGCUGGUCAGGAGCGCCUCUGUCUCCGACGCCAGCGUUGAGCGUCUGCUCCUGAAGGCCGUCGUGGGCUACAACGGGAACGGGCGGGCCAAUGUGGUCUGGAAGCCAGAUACAGGGCUGACGUGCAGGUCAGAGCCUGGAUUCUUGAGAACCACGGCUGGCUCUCACCUCCAGAGCAGGACGGGGGAUGCUGCUCCAGCCUUCUGUCCAGCCAGAACCAGGAUGGGCCCGUGGGCCACCCCCUCCCUGCUGACUGCCUGCCCUCCUGCCCGCCAGGUCCUGGCCUCUGCCUCGGGCUGCAGCGGCACCGCCUCUCGCUGCCACAUCCGCAUCUGGAAUGUGCCGGGGGGCUCCUGCCGGCACCUCAUUUCUUACCACAGUACUGCGGUGCAAGCCCUGGCAUUUUCGCCAGAUGACAAGCUCCUUGUCACACUGGGGGACUAUGGGGACCGCACUCUGGCCCUGUGGAGCAUGGCCACCCAUGAGCUCCUGUCCUCCACCCGCCUCCCCGCGCCAGUGCACGGCGUGGCCUUCAACCCCCGGGAUGCUGGCGAGCUGGCCUGCGUGGGCCAAGGUGCCGUUACCCUGUGGCUCCUGCAGCAGCGUGGGACCAGCCUCCGCCUCCAGGCGCGGCGAGAGCCCAUCCCUGAGGAGGUGGGGGCUGGCGAGCUCACCUCGCUCUGCUUCGGGGCCGCACCUCUGCUGUACUGCGGCUCCAACACCGGCCGGGUCUGCGUCUGGGAUGCCAGUGCCGGCCGCUGCUUCCUGGCCUGGGACGCGGACGACGGCGAGAUUGGAGUGCUGCUGUGCUCGGGGGCGCGGCUGCUGAGUGGCAGCAACACCAGGCGACUGCGCCUGUGGGCGGUGGGGGCCGUGCCGGAGCUGAGAUGCAAGGGCUCGCGCGCCAGGUCCAGCUCUGUGUUGAUGGAGCGCGAGCUGACCUUGGACGGGGCUGUUGUGAGUGCGGUCUUCCACGACAGCAUGGACAUGGGCGUGGUGGGCACCACAGCAGGCACGCUCUGGUACAUCAGCUGGGCCGAGGGCACCAGCACCCGCCUCAUCAGUGGCCACAGGAGCAAGGUGAACGAGGUGGUGUUCAGCCCCAGCGCAUCCCACUGGGCCACGUGCAGUGAUGACGGGAGUGUGAGAGUGUGGUCCCUGGCCAGUAUGGAGCUCCUGAUCCAGUUCCAAGUGCUUAACCAGAGCUGCCUCUGUCUGGCUUGGAGCCCCCCCUCCUGCGGAUCCCCAGAGCAGCAGCAGGUGGUGGCCGGCUACAGUGACGGCACGCUGCGUGUCUUCAGCAUCGCCCGAAUUGCAAUGCAGCUCAAGAUGCACCCCCACCAGGCUGCGCUGACGGCUGUGGCCUACUCUGCUGAUGGUCAGAUCAUCCUCUCCGGAGACAAGGAUGGGCUUGUGGCUGUGAGCCGCCCCCGCACGGGGAUGACCUUCCGUGUACUGAGUGAUCACCGGGGUGCUCUCAUCUCCACCAUCCAGAGCACGAACAAAGAGUAUGGAGACUUCGGGGCACAGGGUGCCGACCUGUGGCUAGCUGCCAGCUCAGACCAGCGCAUCAGCAUCUGGGCUGCCGACUGGCCUCGGGGCCACUGUGAGCUUGUGGACUGGCUGAGCUCCCCAUCGCCCACCCUCACAGAGGUAAGAGUCCCGGGGGCACCAGGGGUGGGGACGGUGCCUGCCCAACUGACCACAGCAUGCUUUGCCCCUCCACAGGUUGCCAGCCAUCCCCUGCCCUGUCUUGUUGCCUUCUGCCCGUGGGAUGGGGCACUGCUGGUGUGUGCGGGCCUUGGCGUGCAUCCAGAGGUGGCCUUCUACAACCUUCACCAGAAGCAGAUGGUGGAGAGGAUCCCACUGCCGUUCUAUGCCGUGUCGCUGAGCCUGUCCCCCGGAGCCCACCUCGUGGCCAUUGGCUUUGCUGCCCAGGUGGGAAAGACGUCGCUGAUCCUGUCGCUCGUGGGCGAGGAGUUCCCCGAGGAGGUCCCUCCCCGCGCUGAGGAGAUCACCAUUCCCGCAGACGUCACCCCGGAGAAGGUGCCCACCCACAUCGUGGACUACUCAGUCAGGGUCUCUUCUUCUGCAGAAGCCGAGCAGACCGCCGAGGAGCUCCAGGACGAGAUUCAGAAGGCAAACGUGGUGUGUAUGGUGUACGACGUGUCUGAGGAGGCCACCAUUGAGAAGAUACGAACCAAGUGGAUCCCACUGGUGAAUGGGGAGACUGAGAGGAGCCUCAGAGUCCCCAUCAUCCUGGUGGGCAACAAGUCGGACCUGCGGCCGGGGAGCUCGAUGGAGGCUGUGCUGCCCAUCAUGAGCCAGUUCCCUGAGAUCGAGACGUGUGUGGAGUGCUCUGCCAAGAACCUGAGGAACAUCUCGGAGUUGUUCUACUACGCGCAGAAGGCAGUGCUGCACCCCAUGGCCCCGCUCUACGACCCCGACGCCAAGCAGCUGAGGCCCGCGUGUGCCCAGGCCCUCACGCGCAUCUUCAGGCUCUCAGACCAGGAUCUAGACCAGGCGCUCAGUGACGAGGAGCUCAACGCUUUCCAGAAAUCCUGCUUUGGGCACCCACUGGCCCCUCAGGCCCUGGAGGAUGUGAAGAUGGUGGUGUGCAAGAACGUGGCAGGAGGUGUGCAGGAUGAUAGGCUGACCCUGGACGGCUUUCUUUUCUUAAACACACUGUUUAUCCAACGGGGGCGCCACGAGACUACGUGGACCAUCUUGCGACGCUUCGGCUACGGAGACACGCUGGAGCUGACCCCUGACUACCUUGUCCCACCGCUCCACGUGCCCCCAGGCUGCAGCACCGAGCUCAACCACUUUGGCUACCAAUUUGUGCAGAGAGUGUUUGAGAAGCAUGACCAGGACCGUGAUGGCUGCCUCUCACCUGCAGAGCUGGAGAGCUUCUUCAGCGUGUUCCCCACUGCUCCCUGGGGCCCUCAGCUGCCUCUGGAGGUCUGCACCGAGGCUGGCCGGCUGUCUCUGCAUGGGUACCUCUGCCAGUGGACCCUGGUGACCUACUUGGACAUCCGGCGCUGUCUUGAGCACCUUGGUUACUUGGGCUACCCGACCCUCUGCGAGCAGGACUCCCAAGCCCAUGCCAUCACAGUCACUCGUGAGAAGAGGCUGGACCAGGAGAAGGGGCAGACGCAGAGGAACGUUUUCCUGUGCAAGGUGGUGGGAGCCUGUGGAGUGGGCAAGUCUGCCUUCCUGCAGGCCUUUCUCGGCCGCAGCCUGGGGGAUACCAGGGAGUUCGCUGAGGAGCGUGCCGUUUAUGCCGUCAACACGGUGCAGGUCAACGGGCAGGAGAAGUACCUGAUACUGUGCGAGGCGAGUGCAGACAGCCUGCUGGCCACGGAGCCCAAUGCCACCUGUGAUGUGGCCUGCUUGAUGUUCGAUGGCAGUGACCCCGGGUCCUUCGUGCUCUGCGCUGAGGUCUACAAGCGCCACUACAUGGAUGGGCAGACCCCCUGCCUCUUUGUCUCCUCCAAGGCAGACCUGCCCGAAGGCAUCUUGCCGCCUGGGCUGUCGCCCACGGAGUUCUGCCGCAGACACCGGCUGCCUGCCCCUGCCCCCUUCUCGUGUGUCGGCCAGACCAGACUCAGCACUGCUGUGUUCUCCCGGCUCGCCGCCAUGGCCGCUUGCCCACACCUGGCCCCCGGCGAGCUGCCCACCACCUCCUUCUGGCUGCGGGUGAUGCUGGGGGCUGUUGGAGCUGCCGUCACUGCCAUCCUCAGCCUCUCACUCUUCCGGGCCUUGCUGAAGAGCCGAUGAGGCCUCAGGGGCCCCCGGGGUGCUGGUGUGGGGGCCACCUGCUCGAGGGGCCUGUCUUCUGUCUGGGGACACCUGGCCCGCCUCCCUGCCUGAGCCCCAAGGGCUGGCCUCCAGGUCCUGGUAGCCUGUGUCCCUACCCAGCUGCAGAUGCCGAGCAUCACCUGCGUUGGGUGUCAUGUGUCGGAGGGAAUGGGUGUCAUGGGCGAGGAAGCCAGUGACCCCAGACCCAAGUAUUCUCAGGGCUCCACUCCUUUCUGGUCCCAGGCAGUCAGUGGUCAUGAAGGGGGUCAAAGGUGGGGGUGGGGGAAGGACGUGGUUGAUAUGGUCUCCCUCUUCUCCCUGGUUUGGAGAUGGGCCCAGCGCCUCACCCCUCCCGGAAGACAUGAGGUGGGGUCUCCUGAUUAAACUUCACUUCUGUCUUUUGCACCUGG